GGGUCCGGCAGCGCCUCCCUCCCUCUCCCGCUGUCCUCAGAGGGGUCGAAGGCGCCGGGGCCCCGGGGCGCUUGGGGCCGCAGUACGGGCCUGGGGAGGGCGCCUGCGCGUCGGGCAGCCCGAGCUCGGUAUGUCUGUCGAAUGGAGGAAGCUCACCUUAGAUGUCCCCAUGGAGCCUUGGAGGGAUGCAGAAGACAGGAUUGGCCAGUGACAGUCAAAGUGGCAGGCACCCCACUCGACUAGCUCCCCAGUUCCUGGAGGCUGGGGGCCAAAAGAAAGACAUAGGCUACUUUGACAACCUGAAAGCGGACUCCAGAAAUAUCACCAACAGCAUGACCUUUUUGACCAAAUCCAGCAACCACAACUUUAUUAUUUUCCUCAAUAAAGUUCAAGCAAUCAUCAUUGAGUACAAAGGCUGUGGUUUUCUUGCCAUCCUUCAUCCACUGGACCCUGACACACUUCCUAAUGGCAGAAUUUGGCUUUUUGGCUUCAACUCCUACUUUUUCCAGCACAAUUCCUUUUGCAUGAGAAGUACCUCCAAAAGGGUUGGCCUUCAGGGCUGUGCCCACAUGGGCUUUCUUGUACUGUAUCAUGCCACUUCUGAUCUCAUCGGUGACUACAGAGCCUCCUAGCAGUACGAAGUCCACGACACUCACCCAUCCUGCCAGUGCUACAGGCCUGAGCCAAAGAGAGAAGCAGCUGUCGCAG